AUGUUUAACACUAGCACCGCCAGGGGUCGCUGUACACCUAAAAACCUCCAGCGGUCAAACAUCAUAGAGCGUCGCCGUCUACAUGCCAAUAGCCUGUCAGGAAUCCCCCCAGAUAUCUCAGAAAGAUACUCUAAAGAUCUACGGAAAUUAAUUAAAAAAAUGCUCAGCCAUGACCCUCAUGAGAGACCAUCAGCUGAUGAGAUUCUAGCAAAACCAUUUCUGAGUGAGGCAGUAAACGGAAACAAGAGAAUUCCAGAGAAACUUCAGCGAAGAUUCAUGAGGUCCUUAAAGACUUUUGAUGAGAGCUACAAUGCGCACCAUGAAAACUUUAAGGCCUUAGUUAAAGAGUGGGGAGAAACAACAGAUUCACUGGAGUCUCUGCAUUAUAAAACUACUGCAGGCAGUCUGUCAGGAGCAGUGAUUGGAGCAGCUGGUGGAGUCACUGCAUUAGUUGGUGCGAUUUUGGCACCGUUCACUUUUGGAGCAUCUCUGAUUGUAUCAGGUGUUGGGAUUGGAGUUGGAGUUGGAGGUGGUGUAACUGGGGCGGCCUCCAACAUUACCAAUACAGUCAAACAAAAAUCAAUUCGUGAGAAACUUCAAAACAUUCAGCAGGAGUUCAACAAUGCGAGCACACCGAUUCUCAAAUCACUCAGUAAACUGAGAAGGUUAAUGAGAAAACUUACAGUGUUCAGGGAUUUUGCCAGAGCCUCAACUAUUGAUAACGUACAGACAUCUUGGAGGUUAGGCAGAAGUUCAGCAGUUGGUGUUGUAGAAUUUGUGACUCUAGGAAUGUUGGCAAAUUUCGGUAGAAUUGCUGUACAGUCUGCCAGUGUUGGACGAGCUGUAGCUGCAGCCUCAGGUGUGUUGAGUGGAAUCCUAGUCAUUGCUGAUGUCGCCUUUAUAGUGAAAGAUUCUCGAGAAAUUCACCAGAUGAGACAACACUGGCAAACAGAUGAUCCAGAAAAGGUCAAAUCCGAUGUACUUAAGUCAAUUGCAAACAUGAGGAAAACACACAAAGAUCUUUGCAAUGUCUUGAAGGAAAUUGAAAAAACAAAAAAUGAACUAAAUGAACAUAUCGAAAAUGCUAGACAGUACUUUCAAGAAAGUUUUUAAAAAAUACUACUGAUUUGUCUGUGAGCUGGGAUUUUACAUUGUUGUAACAAGUCAAACAAUUAGGGUCGGAUUUUUGCAAUACAUCAUUCUAUAUUGUAAAUUUGAGCUACUGUAGAGUCUGAUUAACUAACAACUGCAUGGAUUAUUCAUAUUUACACUCACAGGAGAACUUAUCACAAAAAAUGCAGCAUAAUGUACAACAUUUCCAUAAAUACAUUAAAUUGUUCCUCACCUCAUUCUAAUAUAAAUAUAUUGUGAGUAUUUAUGAAUGCGUGACCACAUUCAGUUUAGUAGUUUGCAAUAACACACACCAAAACUACAACGCUUAUCUACAUAUAAGGGCUUUCAUUGCAGCCUUUCAUCAGUCUCAGCAAACAUACAAUGCUCUUUAUAGAUCUUAUUUUUUAUAAGGCUAAUGAUGUUUGUGUGUGUGUGUGUGUGUACUUGUUCUUGCUACAUUGUGGGGACCAAAUGUCCCCACAAGGAUAGUAAAACCUGAAAUUUUUGACAUUGUGGGGACCACAGGCCGGAGAUAUGAACGAGAUACGGAGAUAAAAAAAAAUGAUAAAAAAUAGUAAAUGAUGUUUAUCUGGAAGUGUAACAAUGCAAAGAUGUUUUCUGUAAGGGGUAGGUUUAGGGUUAGGGUUGGGUUAGGGGAUAGACAAUAUUGUUUUGUCAAUAUAAAAUCUAUAGAAGUCUAUGGAGUGUGUGUGUGUGUCUGUAAAUUUAGAAUAAAAUGUUUUAUUACAAAAACUGUUUUAAUUCAUGAAUUCAAGAUAGUUGUAUGGUUUACUACUAGAACAAUUAUUUUUGGUGUGAUUUAAUUACAUACUUCUUUUGUUGGUUUAGGUUUACGUGUUGAUUUGUUGUAUUCCAAAUAAUUACUGUACUCUCAUUUUCUGGUAUAAAGUGAUGAUGAUAUUAUUUCUAUUAUUUCAGAUUUAUGUAUAAUUAGUACAACAUGUACUGUAUGUAUGUAUAACUGUAUUCUCACUGUAUU